AUGCCACUGGUAGAGCCCACCACACUAGACGAUGCGAUCGCAAGUGCGCGAAAACUGGAAGCUGGAGAAUACUAUACCGGCAGAAGAAAGGAGAGUAACCCAGCUAACGACACCAUCAGCAGCCUAACGAGACAAGUGCAAGAAAUGUUAUCAAAGCUGACUACGAUAAUAAGAGAGAAGGAAAAUACUAGAAACCAGAGUUACCGACCCACCGGAUGCUUCAAUUGUGGAAGACAAAAACAUAGAGCCCGUGAAUGCCCCGAGCCGCCAAGAAGAAUACCACCACAAGUUACCAACCCUCGUGACGCGAACCUUUGCGAAGUAGAGAACAGCGACAACGAAGCUUACGUUGCUACUAGAUCACGACACCAGCCAUACACUGUUAACCGUUCAAAAAAAGGUGAAAUGAGUAAGGAACCUACUGGAAGAACUGUGAACCAGCCACGACAAACAGAACAAGCACGACCGGCACAACAGGAAGAGCGCAUCCAAUCAACACAACCAGUAGAAAUGUUGAUCACGGCGGAACCUGCAAAAGAGAAAGUUAAGAAUGCCACGCCGCGAGUCAAGCACCAGAGAGGACCGUCAGUAGUAGACCAAGCAUCCCUAUACAACCACCUGGAACAAGUAUUGAAACGACCUAUCAUCAUCCCCGUGGAAGUUGACUAUGUGGAAGACCAGCCCCAACGAACCUCAGCAGCUAGAUGUAAUAUGAAAAUAAGAAACAAACCAGUAGUAGCAGUAUUGGACUCUGGAGCAGCAGUGAGCAUAAUGUCAAAGAAAUUGCUUACCAAGCUCGGACUACAGAUUUCGGAACCAUCUAAUGCUGUUGUCGUCACCGCGAACAGAACACGGGAAAGAGCUUUAGGAAAGUUGAAGGACGUAGCACUACAACUAGGAAGAAUCACUGUACCAACAGACUUUCAAGUUAUAGAAUCUAUGGAAGAAAUGAUACUAUUAGGAAUGAGUUGGUUUAAGAAGUUACGUGCCCGCCUAUAUUUCGACGAACACAAAUUGAUCAUUACCCACGAAGGAGAAAGCAUAGAGCUACCUAUUCACCAAGAAAAAGAAGAAGAAGAUCUAGAUGAAGUAGAAAGUUAUUUGACCGAUGAUCAGGAGGACUUAUAUACCAACCCAUGGAUCGACGAGCAGAGCCCGGCAGCAUAUUUGAUGACGAUCGAAGAAGUUCCGACACCCGAAGAAACCGAACGACCCAUACAACCUCUGAAAGGAGUAAUAGAAGAAUUAGUAAAUGCCGAAGAGCCAAAGAAGAAAGAAGAAAUAGGAGACGAAAGCUUAAUUAAUUAUUGCCAGAUGGAAACGCGACCUAUCAGAGAGUUGCGAUAUUGA